UUUAAAAAUUAACUUAUCUAAAUAUAUUUUAAUAUUUGAAAUAGUCAAUAUGGACAACAUUUAUAUAAGUGGGCCACAAGUAGCCAACAAAUAAGCUGAGAAAAAAUGUUAUAACUUGAAUUGUUUAUUUAAGGGUAUGAUUUGAAAAUUCGACAAUAUUUUUGUAUAAGGCUAUCUCGAACCAAACAUAGUAACUUUUUUUCCGAUACUAUUUUUCGGAAUAACUAUUUUACAACCUAAUGUCGUAAAAUUUAUUUCUUCCUAUAAUUAUUUUUUCAGAUAAAUGAUUCCCAAAAUCAUCAAAUUACCUCGCAGUGUGACAUGCCCCAACCACCUAAAACAUCAGAUUUUGACUACUAAAAUAUUUUUUAAGCAUUUAUCUUUGAGAUCCAUUAAUAAAAAAAAUAGUUAUCUAAAGAAGAUUAAAAAAGUGAUUGAAAAAUAUUGGACAAUAUGCUGAUAUCAUACCAAUUAAUAUUUCAAGAUCACAUCAUACCACUAUGUCUUAUAUCAAUUCAAACUAAGACCUUAGCUGAAAUGAAAAUUAUAAUUAAAAUGCAAAAAAGCCCAUGCCAUGUACCAUACUACAUGUAUCCAAGCGUUUGUAACACUUCCUACUGCCUUCCCCUAAUUGAACACCUUAUUGUAGGUCUGUUUUUUGAGAGAUUAUACAAAAUCAAGCGCAGGCUGCCAGUAAUGCGGGUCAUCUUGACCUUUAUUAGCUAUAAGUUCAUAAACGACAUGUGUCGAUAAAGCAGAUCCAAAACUUACAUAAGAUUAUAUAAUAUUAAACUCUCUUGUGUUAGCCAACUUCCUGUCUUAAAACUAUCUUAAUUAGAGGCAGCGAUCAGGUUAAGAUCGGACCGGAUAUGAGUCGGAUUAGAUAAAUAUCGGGCCGUAGUCCGUAAAUUUAUCAAUCCAAGUCCAAUUUAUUUAUUAAAUAGGUAAAAAAUUCAGAACCAAAUUAAACCAUUUGAUUAAUCAUAUGAAUUGAAAUGGUCCAUCGAAGUUACGGAACCAAAUCCUUGAGCAUAUGUAGGUUGGAUACUGGUCCAUCUAAUAACUAGACGACCAUACCGGUCGAUACAGCCGACACGUACCCGGCCACGAGGUUGAACAAGUGCAGGUUUUCGCCAACCGUCGCGUGUCAUGAAGUCUCUAUUCCCAGUAGGAAAGCCCCACGAUUCAUUCCAGGAAAAAGCUCAAACGGCUCUGUGUUUCCAUUCCGCCUCCCCCAGCCCCAGCUGCAUUCACCUCAUUCUCUGUUUCUAUCUAUGUCUCCAAGCUCCAACCCCGUUCUUCCCCCCUUCCCUUCCUCCUUCCCCUUUGCCCUGCCUCAAAUCCCGCAUCAUCGUCGAUUCUAUAAAUCUCCCCGCUUCCGUUCUCCCAUCGCGUUCUCUUUUACGUUGUUCUCCGAUUCUUCUCUUUGGUGAAAAAUCGCUCCUCUUUUUUUGUUCUCUUUUUUUUUGUAUUCUUUAGUAGGAGCCAUGAACGCCCUGGCCGCUACCUGCCGCAACUUUCGCCAGGCGUCCCGCCUCCUGGGGAUCGAUUCCAAGCUCGAGAAGAGCCUCGUGAUCCCAUUCCGCGAAGUCAAGGUGGAAUGUACCAUCCCUAGAGAUGAUGGUUCUCUGGCUUCCUUUGUUGGGUUUAGAGUUCAGCAUGACAAUGCACGGGGGCCGAUGAAAGGAGGGAUUCGAUAUCACCCCGAAGUUGACCCCAGUGAGGUGAAUGCUCUGGCUCAGUUGAUGACAUGGAAAACUGCUGUGGCAGAUCUACCAUAUGGUGGAGCAAAGGGAGGCAUUGGUUGCUCUCCUGGCGACUUAAGUGACAGUGAGCUGGAACGCCUAACCCGUGUCUUCACUCAGAAAAUUCAUGAUCUCAUUGGAACUCACACUGAUGUUCCGGCCCCUGACAUGGGAACCAAUUCACAGACUAUGGCAUGGAUUUUAGAUGAGUAUUCUAAGUUCCAUGGCCACUCACCAGCCAUCGUUACUGGAAAGCCAAUAGAUCUUGGUGGGUCGUUAGGCAGGGAGGCUGCUACAGGGCAAGGUGUUGUAUUUUCUACCGAGGCUUUAUUAGCUGAACAUGGGAAGUCUAUUUCAGGACUGAGUUUUGUUAUCCAGGGUUUUGGAAAUGUGGGCUCUUGGGCUGCACAAAUUUUUCAUGAAAAAGGUGGCAAGGUUAUUGCAAUUGGAGAUGCAACUGGUGCAAUAAAAAAUCCAAAUGGUAUUGACAUUCCUGCUCUCAUGGCACACAAAAAUGAAGGUGGUCUUCUGAAAGAUUUCAAAGGUGCUGAUGCUCUAGAUUCAAAGGAGUUGCUUGUGCAAGAAUGUGAUGUUCUCGUCCCUUCUGCCUUAGGCGGAGUGCUCCACAGGGAAAAUGCUGCGGAUGUGAAGGCCAAGUACAUAAUAGAAGGUGCUAAUCAUCCCACUGAUCCAGAAGCAGAUGAGAUACUAUCUAAAAAAGGAGUCGUCAUACUGCCUGACAUUUAUGCAAAUGCCGGCGGUGUGAUUGUGAGUUAUUUUGAGUGGGUUCAGAACAUCCAAGGAUUCAUGUGGGACGAGGAUAAGGUGAAAAUGGAACUUCAAAGGUACAUGAGAGGUGCUUUCACGAAUAUCAAGGCAAUGUGUAAGACUCAUGACUGCAACCUCAGGAUGGGGGCAUUCACCUUGGGGGUGAACCGAGUUGCUCGUGCCACUCUCCUGAGGGGUUGGGAAGCAUAGGGAAUGCAUUCAAGGACAAGGAAACAAAGGCUCUUUCUAGUCCGAGAAAAAAAUUCAUGUGGAGGAGAGUUAUUUGACGGGCAUUGUUCAACCAAUAAAGUAGUCUCAAACUCUCCAAGCAAAACAGUAACUCUUGUGCUUUUGUUGUAAGUGAAGUAUAAGUUUA